AUGAUGCUUGCGAAGCCCUCACUUUCAAUUCUGGGAACAGACCCGGCGCACCGGCGCUGCGUUCUCAACGGCAACGCGUUCCAGCAGGAUGCCAUCCAAUCAUUCAACGGCUGGCAGUAUGCCUGUUUCUAUAGCUCUUUGCCUGGUGCCGCGGCGACGGAGCCGCUAUUCGUUCAUCUGUCCCGCAGGAAGCUUCCGAUAGGCGACUGGGAGACUUUGGUCUUCGAUGACUAUCCGCAGACAACAGAUGAUGGUCAUAACACGGUACAGCUUGGAAUAUGCCCUGGAGAUGGCACAGUACACUUGUCGUACGAUCACCAUUGCGAUAUAAUACGGUACCGUCACUCGACAGCGAGGGUAGCCGAAGCCCCCGAAAAGUUCAAGUGGAAGGCGAAGCUCUUCACUUCUACUCUUGAUCAUCUGCCAGGCUUGCCUUCACAAGAUGAGCUCUUCGGCUACAUCACGUACCCCAGGUUCGUGCGGCUAGAGUCUGACCUCCUAUUUUCCUUUCGCACGGGCAAGGCCGGUCUAGGAGACGACCACCUGUGCGUCUACAAGCCCUCGACGGGCAACUACACGCUGCUGGGCACGAACUUGAAGGGCGUGGAAAACAACCCCUACAUCCACGGCCUCGACUUCCGGGACUCCCGUCUGUACGUAACGUGGGUGUACCGCGCUUUCGUCUGGUACGAGGGCUGGGACGACCCGUUGGACACCAAGCACAAGCAGCAAGCCGGGCCGAACUCGGGCGAGAACAACCAUAACAUCUGCUUUGCGUAUUCCGACGACGGCGGGAAGACGUGGUGUAAUGGCUCCGGGGUGCAGAUAGCGGAUUUGUCCAAGAAGGAGAGCGUAUUGCCCAACUCGCCGGGCAUCGUCGCGUUUGAUAUACCCAAGGGCUCCAGUCUCGCGAACCAGGAGGCGCAGGCUGUCGACCAUGAGGGUGGCGUCCACGUGUUGAACCGCGAUAAUCUCGAUGGAGAGCAGAGAUGGAAACACUACUACAAGCCCCCAAAAGGCUCCUGGAUUCAACAUCCCAUUCCUCGUGUCCAGGGUGCCUAUGGUGGCAAGCGAGGUCAGCUGGCAUUGAGCAAAGACGACGACCUCUAUUUCAUCCUUCCCGAUCACAAGUCCUCGGUGUUGUCGAUCCUAAAGGCGUCAAAGAGUCAAUUCUCUGAAUACGAACUGGUGUGGCAACAAGACGGCUUCCCGCCAACAGAGCCGCUUGUUGACAAGGCGAGACUGGACUACGAUAACGUCUUGUCAGUAUUUACAAGGGCUGAUGCAGGAUCGGAGGGGCAGAUCAACAUCGUUGCUCUAGACUUUCAGCUAUAA